AUGUGUGCUACUCGUUGGAUUUCUAUUGAACCAGCAAUAGCUCGCAUUCUUGCUCAAUGGGAUGAACUCAAACUACACUUUCAAUUGACACAGAGGGCGGAAAAUUGUUAUACAGCCACAUUGCUUUAUUCGAUGUUCCAAGAUCAGAGGAAUAAAUUGUAUUUAAUCUACUUAAAAUCAGUGCUUAGCGAAGUCCAACAAACAUUAAAAAUAUUUGAAAGCAAGGGCGCAGACCCAGUACUUCUACUAGAUACGCUAAAAAAGCUUAUUGAAAGUUUGUGUCGUAAAAUUAUCAAUUCGAAUUCCAGAGUAGAAUAUUAUGUUGAAAGAGUAAACGACUACGUUGAUCCAAACCCGUAUAUGGGAUAUUCAUUUGAGGAUGCCUUGAGUAAAUCAACACUGGAAAACGCUGAAAAGAAAGCGCUCAAACAAAGAUGCAUUGAUUUUACAUUAAAAUUAAUAAGCGAACUGCAGCAGCGCCUACCAGAUAAUUUCAAAAAUUUAGAGACAAUGACUGCUCUUUCUGUUAAAGAGACACUUACACGAAACAAACCUGUACAACGCAUCGUUCACCUUGGAGAAGCAUUUUGUCUGAUACCAGAAGAUAUUGAUAUAAUUCUAGUACAAUAUAGAAAUAUCGGAGAACACGACUGGGAGAACAAAGACGACACCAUUAAAUUUUGGUGCGAAGUUCUCAAAUACAAGGAUGCUGCUGGAAACAACUUGUAUCAAGAGCAUGGAAAGUUAGCAAAAAUAUUUUUGUCAUUGCCCCAUUCGUACGCGUACAUCUGCGUAGAUGUCGAACGCGUUUUCAGUUCUAUGAACAUAAUUAAAACUAAAAACAGAAAUAAAAUGGGGUUAAAAACAAUGACAUCCAUACUACAUAUACGAUGGGGUUUGAAACGAUUGAAAGAGUCUUGCUGUUCCCACAAGGUGCCAACUGAAAUAAUAAAAAAGUGUGGGAGUAGUUUGAAAUACUCGUUCAAAUUGGCUAAGAACACAGAUGUCAAUCAGCCAUCAACUUCCUCUGCUUCGGCAGAUAUGAUUUUGGAAAAUUCCGAUGCGGACUCUGAUUUUUAA